AUGAUUUCGGCUUUUAAAUCGUGCGAUGCUCUCAACGAAGCGCAUUUUUGUGCAUUACUGUGUUUUUGUUUCAGUUUUUGUGGUCUGAUGGCCGAUUGUGCGGGUCCAUUACGACCUGCUGAUAGCUGGUCCACGACGGAGGUCCGUUCUGUAAAUCACAGUCAUGUAUGGACAAUCAAGGGAUUUAGUCAGUGCGAAUGCCGAUAUCUGGAAACGUCGGCGAAGAUUCGUGAUCUCACAGUGACGCCAAUGCCCUUGCCGCCGACGUCGACGCCAAACGUAUCGGCGGCCACCUUAGAACCUCCGAUGUUAACGUUUCGUAUUCGAUUACAUCCUCAGGGCAACAAGGAGUCGAAUAAAGAUUUUAGCUUUUUUCAAGUACGUUUUCUUUUUAUCUUUUUUUAUCUUUUUUAUCUUUUAUCUUUUCUUUUUUUAAUGAACAUUUUCUUUCAUUUGGUAUUGACUUUUUUCAUUUUUCCCAGUGAACGGCGGUCGAGCGCCGUAGACGGCACCGAGACUGCCGUCUACGGCGCU